AUGAAUUCAAAUCCAUUCAACACAGGAGAGGAAGAAGAUCCGUGGUCCAAUUGGAAUGCCUCCACCGAUCGUCAACAAGCCAAUUCCACCUCACCAAUUUUACCAUCAUCCCUUACUCCAGGAGUAGGUGCACCACCUGGAGCAGCCAGUUAUCUCACUUCAUCACAACUCUUAUCUCGAGCUUCCCACACAGAUACUACCACAAACUCAAGCAUUAUCACCAACGUCCCAGAAUCAUAUAAGGACAUCCAUACUCAUCUAAUUGAUAAAUUAAAAACUAUCAAUGAUUUAGAAAUUCAUAUUUUUAAUAAAUUAAUCACCAUGAAUUAUUUAACCAAUUAUCAAAAAUCAAGAAUCCUCGAUUUGGCAUAUGAUAAUAAUUUAAUGCCAAUUCUGAUUGCGACAAAUUUUUAUAUGGUCUUAGGAUUAAUUGCAUUAGAAAUCGAUGUGCCUGGAAGUGCUGAUUAUGUUAGUUUACAAUUUAGAUUAAAUUCAUUGCCUGAUUUGCCUAAGAAGUUUGUUUCGUCAAUUAUUGAUGAAGACGAACAAGGAGACGAAGAUACAACUGGAUAUCAUCCGCUAUUGGCCAAUCGAACUGAAGAGGAUGAUUAUUGGAAACGAAAGGAUGAUGGGGAAGAACGUCACGAUCCGAUUUUGAAAGAUCAUUCGACUAGUCGAUUGAUCGAACCCCUGGACAGUGGAUCAGAUGUGAAAGGUGGCGCAGGGACGACAGCAACAGGAGGAGUAGGGGCUGGGGGGUUGGUGUUGGCAGAGAAUGUAGUGAGUGAGGAUACUGUUGAUACAUUAUUUAUUGAAAAAUAUGUUGAUGAAAUUAGAGAUAGAUUCAAACCUUUAAUUGAAGAUAAUGCUGAUGCGGUCAAGAUUAAAGAAGUACCCGAAAAGGAGGGUAUUUUAUUUAAACAUAUUAAUUAUAUUAUUAGUCAUAAUUUACAAUUAGGAAGAGGAACUUCAAGUCAUGGACAAAAGAAAGUUGUUCGAAGAUAUUCUGAUUUUGUUUGGCUCUUGGAAUUCUUGUUAGAGAAAUAUCCAUUUAGAGUAAUACCUGGGUUACCACCCAAGAAAUUUACAGUAGGAGCUUCCCCAGAUUCUCAAUUCUUACAGAGACGUCGUCGUGGUUUACAUAGAUUUCUUAAUCAAUUAAUUAAACAUCCAAUACUUCGAGAAGAACCAGUUGUCCAAACCUUUUUGACUGUUCCCACUGAUAUCACUACCUGGAAAAAACAAGCAAAGAUUGAUUAUUCAUUAGAGUUCAAAGGUGAGAAGAUUCAAACCAGUUUCAUAAAUACCAUUUGGCCCAAGAUUGGAGAAGAGUUUUUAAAGAAUUGGUCAGAGGCAGAGGGUAAUAUUAUGAAAUUAAUUGAAAUAUGGACAAGGAUAGUGUUGUUAGUGGAAAGACACGAGAAGAGACAACAACAGAUUAGUUUUGAUAAUGGGAAAUUUGUAGAAAUGAUUGGGAAAUUUAGACAAUUGAAUACCAAGAUUUAUCCCGGUGAUAAUGAAGUUUUAUUGAAAAAUAAUGAUAUUGGAAAUGUUAAUGAUUCCUUAGGACGCGUGAGUGAAUAUUUUAAUAAGAGUAGUCAAAUAUUGAUUGAUGAGAGUUAUUCUAUCAAUACAACAAUAUUGGAGAAGUUUAAGAAUUAUUUGGAUUAUUUAUAUUCAUUACAAGAAUUAUUUGAAAGAACUAAAAAGUUAUCAAUUAAUAAUAUCGAAAGUUUAGAAAAGAGAAUCAAAGAAAAUGAAGAUAAAUUUAAGAAAUUGAGUACAGAAGAUGCUGAUGCAAAGGGAGCCGAUAUUGCAAGAUUAAGACAAGUGAUUAUUAAUGAUAAACAAGAGAUUUUCCAACAAUUAAAUAAAGAUUGGUUAAUUAAAAAUUGUUGUUUUGAAGAGUAUUUAAUGUUUCAAGAAACUCAAUAUUUAAUUAGUGAAGUAUGGAUUAAUUGGUCAAAGGGAAGAUUUAGAUUUGAAGAGAAGAUUCUUGGAUUAUAUGAUAAUUUAAAUCAAGAAAUUAUAAACGAUAUGCCAUUAACUAGAUAG